ACUACCGUUGGCAGGGGCCCCAGUUCCCCCAGCGCGCGCUGCCCUCUAGGCAGGCAGCCAUGCGGCCCGUUGGGGUGCUGCUCGCCUUCUGCUGCCUGGUCUUGAGCACCACCGGGGAUCAUUUGCGAGAUUUUUGUUCCCAGACCCUUAACCCAGAUCGGAAGCCAGGAUUUCCCAAAAAAAUAAACCCCCACGACCCAGGAGUCCUCCAAGCAGCCAGACACAGCGCUGAAAGGUUCAACAACUGUACCAAUGACAUCUUCUUGUUCAAGGAGUCGCACAUCAGCAGAGCCCUGGUCCAGAUCGUGAAGGGCCUGAAGUACAUGCUUGACAUGAAGAUUGGCAGAACUUCUUGCAAGAAGAUCCAGCACCCUAUUCUAGAUAACUGUGACUUCCAGACCAACCAUACCUUAAAAAGGACUUUCAGCUGCUACUCAGAAGUUUGGGUCAUCCCCUGGCUCCAGAAAUUCGAGGUGUCCGUUCUCCACUGUCACUGACUUCCGCCUCUCAGCCACACUGCACUCGUGCUCUGUACUGCGCUAGGUCACAGCCCCGCCCCGGCUGUCACAGGCCCUCGGAACUUCCAAAGUAGUCCCUCACCAGUGAGCAGAAAUGGGAGAGCCCCUGGGCUCAGCAUAGAGUAGCUGGGAUUAUGUAUUUCGCAUUUUCUUCUAACCCUAAUUUCACCAAUGCUCUGGUGGUAAUUAUUCAGGUUAUGGACCCCUGAGUGAGCCCCCUCCCAUCCACUCCCACCUGAUUACCUGGUGGUCCCACAUUCAGCAAUGAAAGCGCAGGGAUCCAUCCCUUUGACCAAAUUAACGGUUACAGCACUGGGCAGGGGGACAACUCAGCUAUUGUGCAUCUUGACCUUUUGUGCAUGAAUAAAGUUAUGAAUAAAUAUGAAUAAAGAACUGACCAUUGCAAAGCAACAGCUGUUGCUUUUUUCCUGUUAAAGGAAGUCAGGAAGGCGAGGUGAGCUGUGUGAGGGAUUCCCCCUCACUGAGUGAUCUUAUGAGUCUAAGUGAUUUCCAUAAAGCCCGUUGGAGCCUUUUCCAGACUUUCACUGCUAGCUAAAAUAUACUGAAGACCAGAACAGCUAGAAACAGGCCAGCAUGUGUCCACAUCAUGAACUGGUGUAAUGAGUAGCACCCCAUUUUGGAGGGCACUGACGCUCCAGCUGGACUUUCUUCUGACCAGGAGUCAUACACCCAAGUUCCCUCCACUGCCUUGGAGGCUCAGGAUGUGCUCAGCUGUACCUGGGCAGGCAGAGUGCUGGGACCACCCCCCAUGGCCCCUCAGGAGAGGGGAGCCUGGGUUAGGGAUGGACACACUGUGCUGGGGAGGGAGCAGUAGGUGCUGGCGUCCUUGUCAAAUACAGGGCUCCAGCUGACACUGGAAGCAGUGCAAGGCCAGACCACAGACAUGCCCAGAAGCUUGCAGACAGAGAUGGGCUUCACUCAGAGAAGAUAGGCCCCCCUGCACGCCUGCCUGGGUUGGAAUGCAGAGCCUCUCACUUUGGAUUUCUUCCUCUCCAGUCCUCUUCAAACUAUAGAUUAGUACAAAAUACACAAUACACUGUUGCCUUAAAAAAAAAAAUACACACACACAAACACACA